UCAAGUACUUAUCAUAUCAUUGGAAAAUGUACAAGGAAUAUCAUUCAUACUGUUUGUGUAUUAUCCGUGAAUGUAUAUCAUAUAUAAGUGAAAAUCAAAAAUAAAUUUGUCCAGAAAAUCAGAGAUUUUAUAAGAAAGAAUCGGUUCGAAAAGAACCGAUAAAGGAAGAUUAGAAAAUCGAAAUGUCAGAAAAUCUUAAAAUAUUAAAUAGAAAAAAUAUUAUAAUGAAGGCCAAGACAGUUAUAAGAACGAGUACGUUAAGAAAUUUGCUAUUUUUUACUAUAUUGUUAUCUACCUUAAUAUGUUGUUUGUGGAUGACACGUAUUCCCGAAAACGUCACUGGUUACUCAAAUAAUCUCAGCCAUUUCAGAAAAACACGAAACCUACCGGAUUAUCUUCAGGAAAUAAGACUUCUUCUUGAGCCGAAAAUAGCACCGUGUGAAGAUAAUUUGCCAAUUUUGGUGAUGGUAACCACUGCGCCUUCUCACACGGAGCAGAGAUAUGCGAUCAGAAAUACAUGGGCUACUCGGCUGCCUACUUUGUUUAUAUUGGGGUUGAGUGGUGAGGAAUUGCAGAAUCUGAAUGACAGACAUGAAGAUGAUUUAAUCGUGUACGAAUUCAAAGACGAUUACCAGAAUCUCACCUUAAAGGUGGCGCUCAUGGUGAAGUGGGCAUCGGAGAAAUGCUCAUCAGUUAAUUAUUUUAUCAAAACCGAUGAUGAUAUGCUAUUAAAUCCUUGGCAGUUGGAAAGAAUUGUGCGGGACAAGCCAGACGCUGAUCUCAUUGGUUAUAAAUUUGUGAAUGCAGAGCUGGAUCGUAAUGAGAACAGUAAGUGGUAUUUGCCAAGUUGGUUGUACCCUGAGGAGUUUGUGCCGGAAUAUCUCUCUGGAACUGCGUAUCUUAUUAAUGGAAAACACCUCAAAGCAAUAUUUUUUGAGGCGCAUAAAGUCCCACUAAUUAACAUUGAAGAUAUUUACAUUACAUAUUUAGUGGCGAAACGCAAGCUUGGUUUAAAUUUGACCCACGAACCAAGUUUCUAUGGAUCGCCUUGGCCACCCUUAGUAAGCUUUUAUUGGGAAUUAGCAUCAGUUCACAGCUUCACACCAACAGAACUUUUGGCAUGGUGGUCAGAGCUCUUGGCUAUGAGCAAAAAUGUCAAAUGAAAUAAGAAUAUGGAUUAACUUUAACGGACGCUAUGACGUAUCAUGUCGCGUGUCAACUGUCAACGCGUAUUGGACUAAAGAUGCUGUUGAUAAAUUAGAACGGAACGUACAAUGGUUUUUCUUAUUCUGUUAUACGUCUUUCGCUUUACAUUCUCACUGCCCAAGCUUUAUCUAGCCCUUUUUUAAGCAGUUCACUUUUAUCAGCAGAUCAGAUGUGGAAGGGAAUUAUUAAAAAAAAUAGCGAUACAGCAUCAGUCAAUUCAAGUUAUUUACAACUUGAAUCGCUUAAACCAAUGGUAAUCUAUGGUUGCAUUGGUAACGGCUUAUAAGUUAGAUUGUCACAAAAUAUCGUUAAUUAUUUGUAUUUAAGCGGGCUAUAAUACUUCCAAAAAACUCUUAUCUUUAACCAAAAGUGUAUAUUUUUUUAUAAAUUUAC